CAAGCCUAUGGCGAAUGACUGAAUGACUUCAGCCGUUAGCUAGCGGCUUGCCAAGUUGUACGCGUUAGUUUGCAGCCGCAGCCGAGUAAUGGGUACAAAAAGAGAAGAAAGUGCGCUAGGCAUAUAGGUCGAUAGCAAUCCCUCAUGACAUGAUGAGUGCAGUUAUUACAAACAUGGCGGUUUUCGGGAGAACAGAGUUACACAGUAACGGGAUGGCACACAUGUGGCUUACCCUCGCCCUGAGCAUUCUACAACUACUUCCCACUCACCUCGACACAGUUAAAGCACAUGGGCAAGCAUUUGUGCAGACAGACUUCAGCGAACUACCCCAUUUUGUCGAGGAAGUUACUCUAAACAAGGGUGAUCUUACAAACCAGGGUCUAAACACACAUGAUAAAAAUUCUGUUAAAACACUGGGUCUUGGCCUUUACAAGCAGUGGGACCUGGACUUGAGUUUACAACCACCAAUGCUAGAUUUUGGGGAACAUGCGAUUGGUAUGCCUGAAUUAGCGACGGUGCAAGUUUUCAAUUCACACCCAGAAAACAUGUUGCGGAUGCUGUCUAUUUCAGGGAGCACGCCGCAUUUUCACUGUUCAUUCUUUCAGGACAAGGUUGUGCCACCAGGAGGCAAUACCACAUUUGAAAUUGUUUUCCUGCCCCGGGUAGCAGGCAAUGCCGAAAACACAAUAUUUAUUCACACCAGCGCUGGGACCUGUCCAUAUCAGGUUUUUGGCGUUGGUGUCCCCAAUCCUUACAGAUUAAGGCCCUUCGUGGGGGCCAAGGUCCCCAUCAACACCAGCUACUCCCCGCUCAUCACCAUGCACAACCCCUACAGUUCGGGGCUCAUGGUGACAGAAAUGUACUCCAGCGGUGGUGAGUUACACCUAGAGUUACCCACAGGGUCACAAGAUGCCCCACAGAACCUAUGGGAGAUUCCACCCUACACAACGCGAUCUGUCAUGAGGGCAAGCUUUACUGGUCGGGUGGAGAGUAACCACACGGCGUUUAUCCGAAUCAAGACCAACCACUCCAAGCGUCUUGACGAUGAGGAAAAUGAAUUACUCAUGUUGCCGGUUGAGGUGGAAGUGUCGUCAGCUCCUGGAAUAUAUUCCUCUUUAGAGAUGUUAGACUUUGGAACGUUGAGAUCGUUAGAUUCACCCAAGACACUCCCUUUAUAUCUAAUUAACACAAGCCCGAAAAGUGUUCAGAUAUUGAGCAUCACGUCGAUGCGCGUCAACAACGCGCUGACGAUAGACUUCAAGCCGUUGGUCCUGAAACCCUCGGACACCCACACCAAGGUGGCUGAGGUCACGUUCCACCCCCUCAAGGCCAACACCUCCCGCCUGUGGUCGGGCAAACUCAUCGUCAAAACCAAGGAUAAAAACAUCAAGUUACAGAUCCCCUACCAGGCACAUGUUUUACAAGGGACCCUCAGUAGUGAUCAACAGAGCAAAUUAUUCUACCUAACCCCAACACUAGUAGAAUCCGCCGAGACGGUAGUCAGACCAGUAGCGCUUACAAACUAUUUUAACUUUACACUGGUCAUUCAUCAAGUUAGCUUUCCGGAGGACGUCAAAAAUAUUUUUAAGGUGACUGGUUUCAAUGAAGCCCUCAUUAUCCAACCUCAAACGACGGAUUCCUCCCUUUCUAUCGUCUUUUCCCCAAACACAUCAACAACAUCGCUACAGACAUUCCUGCGGCUUGGCAGCAAUGCUUCGGUGUUCUCCAUGGGAAUUCACGUCUACACCGGGAAACUAAAGUACUCCGUACACAGCGUUGACGAUAAAAACAUUGACUUGGGUGUCAUGAGUGUAGGGGACCAUCGCAGCAUGCUCAUUACUUUAGUCAACACCAACCCCAUAGAUGUACCCAUUCAAUCUUUCAGCUGCAAUCUGGACGAUUGCGAGGCUCAGGUCCUGGGUGUGGAGCCGGGGGAAGGCAAACUCCUCACCAAGCAACACGACGCCUUCAGCAUUAGAAGAAAAUCGUUGGUGAUAAAUGAGCACCAUUUUGCAGUCUUGAGGCUGGAAGUGAAGGCUCCACUCACCGAGGGGCAGUUCCUGGGUAGCGUGGUGAUAGAAACUCCCCAUGAGCGUGUGUCCAUCUCAGCCAAGCUCCGCACAGUGGAAGGGUGUCUGGGUGUCAAGCCCGAGCAUGUCAUCUUCAGGCCAGCCUUUCCGGGCACCACGCAGUCAGUCAGCCUGAUGCUGGUUAACAGUUUCAGUCAUCGCAUGAAGUUAGAAAGCAUUCUGCCCGACCCUCCGGACAAGAGGUUCUACUAUCGGCUGCCCAAGAAAACACCUGUCGUCGAGAUUGAGCCACACAGGAAACAAAAAGUUGGGAGAAUUGUUUUUGAUCCCAAGGCAGCGUGCGGAGAGGACGAUUCUUGUUACGUAGGAUUAUCCACUCAAUCUCUUGAUGGUGAAGUGUGGCUGUCAUCUUUGGCCCUCCCUGAUGAGACACAGGACGUGGACAAGCUGUUUUACAAUCACCUGCACAACAGGUGGCAGAGCUUGGAACAAACAGGGAAAACAAUUUUUAACGCCACACUGAAAGUGAACAGUAAUCUGGUCAAAGACAAGGAACUGCCCGUCACAGCGGUGUUGGAGUGGCCAAGACUCAUACGCAAGGACAAAAUCGAGUUCCCGCUCACGUAUAUAGAAAAUUCCAGUAUAUCUGAGGUGCAGAUUUUAAACCCGUCAGACACCCUUAUUUUAGUUCAGCUUCUGCCCGUAGCGCUUUAUCAAGACCCAACAUCAGUACUAGAUUUUUUGACAGACAGGUUUGAUCCAGAGUUGAUAGAAACGGACGACCCCAGUGUCUUCUUCUUAGCUAACAAUACAGACAAGGAUUCGUCAGAGAAGUGCCUUAAAAACAGUUCGUGUGGUGUGAUAGAGGAGACAUUUGGCGUGAGACCAAACAGGACAGCGCUGACGGUUCCCAUCAAACCGCACCAGAACGUCACUGUGGCCAUCGGCUUUAAACCCAGCGACGGCCGAGAGCGAAUAUCGCUCAUACUCAUCAGGAACAACCUGACCAUUCUGGAUGCGUUCAUGGUCCGGGGGCGCGGGGCAAGGGGGGAGCUGAGGUUCAACAGCAAGAUGCCCAGCCCCAACAGCAACCUGCUCUUUGAGCUAAAACCCACGCAUCUGGAAGAUUGCGAUAGGUCGUCCCCUAAAGCCAGGGUCCCACCAAACUUUACCGUGAAGCGCUCCUUCACACUGAAAAACACAGGGCAGCUGCCGAUUUACAUUAAAACCUUUAGCAUUAACGGCUAUGACUGCAAUGGUUACGGCUUCAAAGUGUUGCAGUGUCGGCCCAUGGAGCUGGUGCCUAACGAAACCAAGCGAUUGGAUAUAGCUUUUACGCCAGACUUCACCAUGUCGCGUAUCACGCGCCAGCUCAAGGUGCUGACCUACAACCAGGAGGAGCUGGAGUACACCCUGAUAGCUACGCUGCCCCCUCACAUGCUGUCCACCUGCGCGGCCGCCCUACCCCGCCCCCAGUGGGAGCACCUGCUCUACAUCAUCUCCGUCAUCCUGAUGGGGGUCCUGUUCUUGGGCAUCCUGACGGCCUCCUACUUGGAAGCCCUACGCCUAACCGAGCCCAUGCCUGCCACCCAGCCUGGCCCUCCCGAGGAGAAAGGGGAGAUGGGCAGGCUCAAGUGCUUCGACCUACGCAGCAUCGCAGCGGGAAUCAAGAUUGGAGGGGGUGGGGGUGGGGCCAGUGGGGGAGGGGGAGCAAAGCCCAGUUCAACAAGUAGUGUUCUUUCUACCCUGGGUGAGAAGUUAUCUUUUCGGCCAAAGCGUUCCUCCUCCCCUUCCACGUCUACGAGAGGCAGCACCUCCUCGGUCGCCAACAACACCCGGCACUCCGAACCCAAGAGCCAGUCGGAGAGGCGUCUGUCACCUGACAAGGACAAAGUCAAGGUCAACAGUUGGGCCAACGGCAGCGUCCCAGCCAAGCAGAGCAAUGCGUUGAAUACAUCCAACAGCAGUACGCCCUCCCCCAGCGAGGCGGCCCCCAACCGCAGGUCCACCGGAAAGGCGCGCCGACGCCCGGUCGACUCCGAGUGGAACAGCAACUACGCCAACAACACUAGCAGCAGCAGAGAGAACAGUAACAGACACCCAGAGCAUCCAUCCCCUCGAUCGUUCGUGGAAGACAUCUCACCGGCUAUGGUCCAGGACCCGCCGGCCCACGAAGCCCAAGACAGCCUAGAGGUAAACACCAGCGUAAAUAAAUUAGCCCGAAACAGCAAGCGUAAAUCCAACCGACCGACUACGACAUCCAAGAGAGAGGAGCAUGACAAGAAGAUGACCGGGAGCAAGCGGAAGGAAGAGAUGAUGCGGGAGGCAGUGGACCGUGACGACUCCUCCUCAAUCUCCACCGAAUGCUCCAAUCCAGAGUCAGAGCCAUCGGACAAAAGCGGCAAGCAGACUUUCCACCAAGCUGACAGCGAGCCCUCUUGGCCCUCAAACAAGUCCAAGAGCAAGGCCCUGUCCUCGGGUGGCAUGGGUCUGGACGACUUCAAAUUUGAGGACGUCAAGAGCCGUACCAAACCCCGUAAAAAUGCCAAGAUGGACCCUGCAUUCUAUGGUGACGUGUGCAGGCCCAGUACCUUGGAGUUACCCUACGUGCCGCACGGUGAAGCAGGCCGUCGGGUCAAGCAGAACUCCAAGGAGCCAACCUCGCCUCACUCCAUUGCUGCCAAGAUUGCCGCUAAGGCGACCAAGAAGGCACUCAAGACGGCGAAACCCGAACAAGCGACCAAAUCUAUAGAUGGUGCCAGUGAGACAGCAAGCACCCCAAGCAGUGAAGUGGACAAGGAUUCUCCGCCGCCUCUGUGGGAGCAGGUUAAGCCCAUGCCCAGCAGUCAGGGACGGCAGCUGCCAGUGCAAGCCAAGCACCCGGAACAGCCGACCCCAGCUGCCCUUACCACCACAAACACCAGCAACAGCCACCGAGGCAAGGGCUCCAGCUCAAAGAACUCCAGCACCAAGUCCAGUCAGUUCCCUGAAACGGCAGCUGCAGCUACGGCUGCCGCUGCUGCAGCAGGGAAUGCCAGCGGCCGGCCAAGCAGCUACAGCAAGGCGGUAGCCGGGGCAGUGCCGGGCACCAACUCCGAGACCAGUCCGGCUCCCGAGGAGAGCACAAAGAAAACUAAACUGGCCAAAACCAAAUCCAUGCCCGAGAAGACAUCAGCUUUCACUGCUGUGGGUGAUAUCGCUGGUCGUCCAGGAGCUAUUGGCAGCAAGGGAAUCUCCCCAAAGACCAGGACCUGGCCCUGGACUGGCCAAUCCGGUCAGCCGGAGAUGCUGGACAGUGCCUCUGAUACCAGCAGCACUGCAUCCACCGGGCCAAGCAGCCCCGGAAUGUUCAGCAUGCCCAGUGCCAGCCAGCCUGAGACCAAGAAGCCAAUGUCUGCUGACAGCUACUCCAGUGCGUCCUCCAAGUUCCCGUUUGCCAACCAUGGCACCAAUUUCCCCGCGACGUUUUGGGAUAACAGCGUGAGAGAGCCAAGUAUGGACAUACCACCCCCUCCCAUGUCAGGCUACAACCCACAAGAGGUACAGCAGCCCAAGGCCCAGUCCAUCAAAGGAACCAUUGGAGAUUGGCUUGGACUAGGAGUGGGCAUGCCCAGCACCUCCAACAACCUGUGGCAACUCGGACCGACCUACCCUGACGCUGGCUGGUCAACAGAGACUGGGUCCCCAAGAUCACCGGGGCAAACAGCCAACUUCUACCCGGCCACCAGCAAUCCAUGGAGCUUUGAGGACCUGCCACCGCCCCCCGCUGCCCAGUCGCCCAACUCCAGCUGGAACAGCAGCAGUGAGCUCUUCCCCUCCUCCAUCUGGAGCAAUCCCAGUAGCACCAACACCUCCCUGCUGGACACCACCACGCCCAGCAUGGCCACCCAGGAGUCACCGCAGUACUCUCCCUUCAGCAGCUUCCGCAGUCUGUGGGGAAACCCUUUCUCUGCAAUGGGGAACAGCGGAUCCUCCUGGAGCCCCGGGAACAACGACCAAAAACAGUAAAUUGUUAAGUAGGGGGGAAAAACAGCCAUCACCAUUGAAACAAGGCAUUGUGGUGCCAGUUCUAAUUGUGAACAUCAAACACCAAAGAAAUUCUUGUUCAUGGGCUUAGGCUCACAACAACUAAUGCAAAAUCAUUCGAUUUAAAGCUUUUUUGUUCAGUUUGAUUGCAGCAAGGCUGCGUCCAAAGCAGAUACUUUGAGGCUGGGGCUUCAGUUUUGCCAUUAGCAUGUCACUGGCUAGCCAUAGCCACUGUUUCCAUUUUGGACACACCCUACUCUACCAGUUUUUGCACAGAUGUUUUUAACACUUUUUUAAAUCCUGCUGGACGUUUUAUCAGUUUAAAUCAACUGAUUUAAACUUCCACUCUAAAUUCUUGGUUUUUCAUCCACUUUGGGUGAGCAGAUGGUUGCAUAAGGUUGAAAUAUUUAAAAUGCCAGAAAACGUUCAAAUUCCUUUCAAAGUGCUGAGCGGUAGGGUCAUACUGAAACAGACUUUAACAAAAAAUUUUUAUUGUCAAAUAAUGAUGGAUGAUGAUUUUACGCUUUGAUGUUUUUUGUUCACAAUAAAACUGUCCCUGCAGUGAUGUUAUCAAACGUGACACACUUCAUUGCAGAAACCGCUGAGUCAGGUUAUGUGUGUAUGGAACUCACGUUCAGUCCACUCCAUGUCAAAACACAGUUUAUCAGGAAGCUAACGACAGUAUAAUCUUUUUACCUUGUUUGUUCCUCUUCACAGAAUGGUAUUUUUAGGCAGUCGUCAAGGUUUAGUUGGUUUUACCAGGAAAACACUCUUUCCGAAUCAAGCAGGAACAGAAAUCAAUACUAUGGGACUGUAUAUUAUUUAACCUGUUUCCCUGUAAUGCAUUUACAGAAAGAGUACCAGAUGCAUUGGAUAAUGAUUGUCUUGAGAAAGUUAAAACAGAAUGUAGAAUGUAUGUGUGUCAGUUCCUCAACACAGCCAGCCACAUUUCUGAGACUAAAAGUGAAAUAUAAUAAUAGAUUAUUUCCUGCCCAAUACAGUCUCCAACACAACUGAAGUUUGUCGACUGAUUCUAUUUUCCGCACGUUGAUUUCAGUUGCAACUUUUAGAAAAAAAGCAUUUGAAAGUUAACAAACCUAGAAAUAAUCUCAGAUUACCUGUCGAAUAUUCAAAUGUCGUUUGACUUUCUUGUCCUCACUUCAAAUGGAAAUAGCUUUAUAAGUUUUGUACUUGUAUAUGUUGGGCUAAAAUGUAGAAUAGUGUAAUUUAUAUUGCGAAAUGAGUUAUAUUUUUGUAUUUUUCUUACUUCAAUGGAAGAAGUAAUUUCUGGCUUAAUUAUUGUGUUCGUUGAACCAUUUUUGGGCAAUAUUUGCUGUGCUUUUUUCCUCUUUAUUUUAUUGCACUUUUACAACAAUGUAUAUUAACUGAUUGAGAUGUCCCCGUGAUAAAACUGCACUUUUGUUUGACUGAAUUAGCAAACAGGAUUAUGUAAAUUGGUUUGGGGGAAAGAGGUCUGUGUGUGAAUUCAUAGUUUAUCAAAAAAAGAGUUUCGAAAAAUUGA